CCUUUGAGAACACGGAUUGCAAAAAGUUUCUUCAUGAGAGGGCAUGCAAAGACCUCCCUCUCCAUCUGACUGACAGCACUCACUCCUAAUAGUUGACUUAUAGUGGCUACAUCAUCCAUUUGUUAACAGAGCACAUACAUCUAGCAUUUGGAAAACUGGAAUCCUCUUUCAUACUCAGUGACAGCCGGUUAUGCUGCUCGAAAGUUCCCAGUUGAGUCUUAGUGAAAGAGAAAAGGGCUAAAGCCUACACACUUCACAGCUCCACCCACAAACCUUACCAGAAGCAAUGUGUGACCCUCAGGACGCCAGUGAUGUCACUUCUACGUCAGGCUUGAAUAGACAUAUGCCUGUUGCAGUAUACCCUCCUCCCCAGCGAUGUGAUGAUGAUGAAGAAGAGGAUUUGAAUAAGACACUGGGAGUGCAGUGUUUCCAGCAGAUUCUUACCAUUCCUCAGCGCGUGCCCAACGAACAACAUCGCAACUUUAACGAGGAAGAUUUUGAGUACCACCGUCACACCUCUCUACACAUUCACCAUCCUCUCUCUAUACACCUCCCUAAUGAGGGCCGGAGGAAAAAGGUUGGGAGGAAGUGGAAGGACUCAGGACGGAGGAGAAGUGCAUCCACAGGUGCGGCCCCCCCUAUAGAUGAAGAUGAUGAGGAUGAAGAGGAGGAUGAAGAUUCUUGCAGCCAGCAGGAAAGAGAGGGCAUUGCCACCACCACACCUACACCAGACACGGACACAGAGGUUCACAUUGAGGGGGCACAGUUUUUUGUAUCUGAAGAUGACCCUGCCUCCAGUGUAAAAAAGAAUGGUAGUGCCUCACCACAUCGAAAGGUUUCAAUAAUAGCCAAUUCAGCACCUCACACCAGUAUCAAAAUCCCAGGAGAUGCUACAUUAACCGAGGGCAGAAAAUCAGUACGCAAGCUUCCCAAUGGUAGAAGAGUGUCUGCUCCUUGUUUGUUUCCGGUGAGUUCGCCGGAUGGCAGCUCUAAACCAGUGCGUAGCUAUGACCUGCAGGAGCGCCGGCGCAUGGGCAACAUGACAGGCAUUGGGCUGGCACACUACCACAUGCCCACUGAUGAGAGUGAAGCAAAGACACUCGCUACCGUUGACCUUGAUGGCAUUAAGAGUCACAGGUUCGAAGAUGUCCCUGGUGUGCGGAGACACCUGGUCACAAAGAGUGCUAAAGGUCAGGUGGUUCACAUUGGCAAGGACCACAAAGAGCUCAGCAGCUGCAGUCGGACUAAGCUGGAUCGGACCCCACAUGAGGUGUUUGUGGAGUUGAAUGAGCUGCUGAUGGACAAGAACCAGGAGAUGCAGUGGAGGGAAACGGCUCGCUGGAUCAAGUUUGAGGAGGAUGUGGAGGAGGAGACGGACUGCUGGGGGAAACCUCAUGUAGCUUCGCUCUCAUUCCGUAGCCUGCUGGAGCUCCGCAAAACCAUUUCACAUGGUGCAGUGUUGUUGGAUCUGGACCAGAGGACACUGCCUGGUAUUGCUCAUCAAGUUGUGGAGCAGAUGAUUAUAUCAGAUCAGAUCAGAGCAAAGGACAGAGCCAAUGUGCUACGAGCCCUGCUCCUCAAACACAGUCACCCGAGUGAUGGCAAGGAGCACAGCUUGUUUAACCGGAACAUCUCGGCAACCAGCCUUGCUUCUCUAAUAUCUCAUCACCAUAGCAAUAACCAUAUUUCUGCACCAGAGCUCCCUGCCACAGACCCACUCAUCGGAGGAUUACUUAACUUUGAUUCACGCAGUAGAGUGGAUUUAGAUAAGAAUGAGAAAGAUAUACCCCAGUUUUUUAGUUUGCACAAGUCUAAAUCUAAGCUGCUUGAGAAGAUUCCUGAGAAUGCAGAAGCUACCGUUGUCCUUGUGGGUAGUGUGGAUUUCCUGGACCAACCAACUAUGGCAUUUGUGAGAUUGCAAGAAGCAGUCCUUUUAGAGUCAGUUCUAGAAGUGCCCAUUCCAGUGCGCUUUAUUUUUGUGCUCCUUGGCCCACCCAGUGCCAACAUUGAUUACCACCAGAUUGGCCGCUCCAUAUCCACGCUCAUGUCUGAUAAACACUUCCAUGAGGCAGCAUAUUUGGCGGAUGAAAGGCAGGACCUGCUGACAGCCAUCAACAGCUUCCUGGACUGCAGUAUUGUGCUUCCUCCAUCCGAGGUGGGCAGAGAUGAGUUGCUGCACUCUGUUGCUCGCUUCCAGAGGGAAAUGCUGCACAAGAGACAUGAACAAGAGGUCAAACUACAGGUCAAGGAGCCCAAGAGCCCAGAGGAUAUGGCUCUUCAUCCUCCCUUUAAAGCCGAAGAUGAUCCUCUUCAGAGAACGGGUCUGCUGUUCGGUGGGGUUAUCAGAGAUGUACGGCGCCGCUACCCUAAAUACAUCAGUGAUUUUACGGAUUCCUUAAACCCUCAAUGCAUGGCUGCCGUCUUAUUCAUUUACUUUGCUGCCCUUUCUCCUGCCGUAACCUUUGGAGGUCUAUUGGGUGAGAAGACAGGUGGUUUGAUAGGUGUAUCAGAGCUGAUUAUUGCCACUGCCACGCAGGGAAUGUUGUUCUGCCUGCUUGGAGCUCAACCUCUGCUGGUGAUAGGCUUCUCUGGGCCCCUUCUAGUAUUUGAAGAAUCCUUUUAUUCAUUCUGCAAGGCCAACGAAAUAGAGUAUCUGACAGGCCGUGUGUGGAUUGGAAUCUGGUUGAUUGUCAUUGUUGUUCUAAUGGUGGCAUUUGAAGGAAGCUUCCUGGUGCGAUUUGUGUCACGCUUCACACAGGAGAUCUUCUCCUUCCUCAUCUCUCUCAUCUUCAUCUACGAGACCUUCUUCAAGCUGGGCAAAAUCUUCAUGGAUCAUCCUCUGAGGAGCUGUUAUGGAAAAGAAGAAAAUGACACUGCUUUAGCAUCACCCAAUGGUGGAACAAGAUCUUCAGAUGCAUCUCAAGCCCUAAACCAGCCAAACACAGCUCUCCUCUCCCUUGUGCUCAUGUCAGGAACUUUCUUUAUUGCAUUCUAUCUGCGUAAAUUCAAGAAUAGCGCUUUCUUUCCUGGCAGGAUCCGAAGGGUUAUUGGAGAUUUCGGAGUUCCUAUUGCAAUCUCCAUCAUGGUUCUGUUGGACUACAGUAUUAAGGACACUUAUACACAGAAAUUAAAUGUGCCAGAUGGCUUCUCUGUGACCAGCCCGGACAAGCGCGGUUGGUUUAUACACCCACUGGGCUCUGAUGGCCAGUUCCCCAUCUGGAUGAUGGUGGCUAGUAUUUUACCUGCCCUGCUUGUCUACAUCCUCAUUUUCAUGGAGACUCAGAUCACCACUCUUAUUGUAAGUAAGAAGGACAGGAUGCUGGUUAAGGGUUCAGGGUUUCACUUGGACCUGUUGAUCAUCGUGACAGCGGGUGGGAUUUCAGCGUUGUUUGGACUGCCAUGGUUGACCGGUGCUACUGUCCGUUCUGUAACCCAUGCAAAUAGUCUUACAGUGAUGAGCAAAGCUGUUGCCCCUGGUGACAAACCACGUAUUCAGGAAGUAAAAGAGCAGAGAGUAACAGGAUUUCUGGUGGCCCUUUUUGUAGGUCUCUCCAUUGUGAUUGGAGACCUUUUGCGGCAAAUUCCCAUCACUGUGUUGUUCGGCAUAUUCCUCUAUAUGGGAGUGAUGUCUCUUAAUGGGAUCCAGGUAACAGAACGCAUGAUGCUGCUAUUAAUGCCACCCAAAUACCACCCUGACCACACAUAUGUCCGCAAGGUGCGUACUCUACGCAUGCAUCUGUUCACAUGUUUCCAGUUGGUGUGUCUGGCUGUGCUGUGGACUGUAAUGUCAACUGCUGCCUCAUUAGCCUUCCCAUUUGUCCUUGUCCUCACUGUGCCAUUUAGGAUGUUCCUGUUGCCUCGAAUAUUUACUCAACGUGAGAUGCAAUGUCUUGAUGCAGAUGAUGCUGAGCCGUUAUUUGAUGAGAGGAAUGGUCAAGAUGAAUAUACAGAGAUGCAAAUGCCAGUAUGACCUCUCCUUUUACUACUUAAGCUGGUCUGAAAUUAUUUUAAGGGAGCAGUGUCCAGAUGUGCUACCUGUCUUUUUUUCAUCAAUCCGUUUUUUCUCCAUGCGUUUCCAACUUUAUUUGUUUUGGGAAAAUAUAUUUAUAUGUAAAAGUGUUAAAUAGAUGCUCAAAUGUCACUUUGUAUCUAUUGCAUAGAGUAUAUCUUUAUAUCACCUGUACUAUUCAUAUUUUAUCUUUUUAUUUAUCAGAGUUGAAAUGUAAUUGUGCUAUGCAUGUGUUGUAGAGGGGUAGAUGAAAGUAUGAUCUAUAGUAAGUUCAAAAUGAUACAGGAAGCACUUUUUUUACUGCAUAUCAAUACUUGUACUUCAUUGCAAGGUGAAAUAAUGUACUGCUAAAAAUUUACAGAAUAACUGUAAUGCAAAUUACAUAAGUUCAAUAUUUUUGUAACAAAACUGACAUAAUAUACAGCUUUGUGCUAUAUUCACCUUGAUGCAAAAGAAAAUCUAAAAGAACUGACAAACUAAACACUGGGUGCAAUCACCGGUUUAUUUGAAAGGAGAGCAGAUGUUUGUUGUUCUAUAAUUUUUCUCAACUAUGAAUACAUAUUCUCACCAGAGCACCACAUAGGUCUAUGUGUUUAUAUAAUUAACACUAAGAAUCACACAGUAGUUAUAAUAUAGUAGUUAUCAGCUAUAUAAAAACAAUUAUACUAAUUAUAAUCAUCUAGUUAUUACUACUAUAAUUAGUUGGUUAUGGUGUGGAUUUAAUUUACUUAUGGUAGUGUCUACGAGAGAAAGUGAAAAAUAGAUAAGAAUGAUAGCAAGUCAUUGUUAAGAAUGUUUUAAGUAACUGUUGCAAGGAGUUCAAAAGGUUUAGUUUUACAGUGCCUCUUUUUUUUAUUAAUAUUUUUAGGAUUUAAAUAUUUCCUGACCACACUUGUGAAAUACAGAAUUGUUGUUGGAUGCACUGUUUAUUUUUAUAAAGCAUAUUUUUAUCCUUUUCCAUACAUGAACUUUUGUCCUUUGAGGUACUGAAACAAAAUGUAAUUUCAAGUGUCUGAAACAUGCACAGUGCAGGGAUUUGUGAAGGGCAACAAAUGUUGAUUUGGUAUGUUGUAAUCCAAUUUCUUAAAUACAGUGCUUUGAAAAAGUAUUUGCCCCCAUUCCUAAUUUCCUCUAUUUUUGUUGCAUGUACUGCUCGUUUAAGGUCCUGCCACAGCAUCUCAAUCAUGUUCAAGUCAGGACUUUGUCUUGGCCACUCCAGAACUUUAAUUUAGCUUCUUUUGAGCCAUUCAGACAUGGACUUACUCCUAUGCUUUGGAUCAUUGUCUUGCAGUAUAAUACAGUUGUGCUUGAGCUUUAACUCACAGAUGACCAGAUGUUCUCCUUUAGGAUUUUCUAGUAGACAGCAAAGUUCAUGUUUCCCUCAAUUACUGCAAGUCGGCCUGGCCCUGAAGCAACUUCCUGGAUGAGUCGUCAGCCACUUCUGGGAUGGUUCACUACUGUGCCAAGUUUUCUCCAUUUGGAGAUAAUGGCUCUUCUCCUCGUUAUUUCUGUAACUUCUUUCGACCUUGGCAUAGUGUACUACUGGGUGAGACCUUUAGGCAACAUCAUGCUACUGAAAAAGUUAUAUUUAAGUGUUUGAUUGAAUGAUUGAAUAUGUUUUCUUAGAUUGCCUUUGUUUUAUGUUAGAUUUUGUUUUAGUUUUUGAAACAAUCAAGUAUGAAAUAUUCACAAAAGCAAAAGAAUUCAGCAUUGGGCAAAUACUUUUUCAAAGCUCUGCAUUUGUGCCUCAUGUACAUUCCAGUCAUCAAAGUGAUAUAGAGAAUAAUUAUUUUGUAUAAAAUACAUCUCAGAUUAUCUGUUGUGUGCACUUCAAAUAGUGCAAAUGUGCAUUUUCCCCUGGUAAAACUUACAAAGAGUAUAUUCUACAGCAGGGUUAUACUCUACUCUUAAGUAUUUACGAAAUUAUUCAUAGACCAUAAAAUUGCUUGACAUUUCUCAUUGUGGGUUGAAAUUAAUUUACGAAUUGCAUUACGUGCUCACACACCAUAAAGACUUAAAGUUCUGUUUAUUAUACAAUAUUUUGUGUUGUUCAGUGCGGGCUGUGCAUUAAACGUCUAGGCCUUCAGUGUGAUUCAAUUCAGUAUCACAAUGAAUAAGACACCCUAUGCUUUUUCCCAUCAUACAUUAUCUCGCAGCUAACUAGUAAUUCCAAUUGACAUUUUAAAAACACGUCCACGCACGAAAGCCAGAACUUGAAAUGACACUUAAGCAAGCCUAAUUUUAACUGCAGCAUGAAUGUUUGUUUCCCGAACCCAUCUAAAAUUAGGCUAUCAUUUUUCAUAUGAAUCUACCAAAGAGGUCUAUAAUACCUGGAAAAAUCUAUCUAAUAAUAUUUUCGUCAGGUAUUCUGCGUUCCAUUCAAGUUGGAUGAGGGAUAUUCCAACUUGAUAUCGCUGACCAUAAAUGGCAUUUAAUUACCUGAUAUUUGGAACUGCAAUGCUCCUGUUAGCUUAGCAGGGGUUUGACUCUCAUUAUAGAUGUCUCCUAUCUCACAACUGACAAAAAAAUGCUGCAGUGCUAGCAUUUGUGCUUCAAGAGUAAAUUAUCAAAAGAGAUUAUAAUGUUUCAUACACCUGUUUCUGAAGGCGUUUGUUAAACAAGAUUUAAUAUAAUGUAAUGUGGAAACAAACUCAUUAAUCGAUAUUGCUUAAUAAAGUGAAUGUUUAUCACUUACUAUAUCAUGUAGUGUCGACAUGUUUGUGUGACAUCAUCUGCAUCUCGUCGAAAUCAGAGUUAAGAAUUUCUGCAAGAGCCUACAAGUUGUAAUUCUGACUUCAAGAUGCAUUCCAUUGCACUUUUCCAAGUAGGAAGUUGUAAAAUCCAACUUCCUAGACUUUCCGCAUUGAAUGGAACACAGCACUACUUUUCAAAUCUUGAUCUGACACUGAAUGCUCCAGCAGCCUAAUGUACAAUUAGAAAACUCCUGAUGUUGAUAUAACAAUGCAAAAAGCUCUUACCAAUUUACUUGAAGUGAAAAUAAGUCCUCUUUUCCUGUUUAAUAAACUAAGCAAUCACACAGUCAUGCAGAACAGCUCAUAUUUUUAAAUCCAUAAGGAUCUCUUUCUCAAUGACGAUAGCGGCAGUUAUGACAAUCUCACGCUCUUUGCUUUCAAAUUAUGUCUCUUAAAGUGUGAUUACAUCACUCAAGGCCAGCUGGAAGGCCUUGACAGUGACCUAUCCUAAAGAUCACACCCACCAAGAACAAAUAAAUCAAUCUGAUUGGCUGAUGAAUCUGACAAACUGACUUUAGUUGCUCAUUCAUUUGCACUGUUGAGGGAUUCUGAAAACAUUCUGAAGGCUUAACGGUGUAGAGCUCAGAAUCACGCACUGCUUUGGGCAUGUGAUUUGUGAAACAGAUGUCACACUUUGCUUGUAAGCAUCAAGGAAUAAAUUCUGACUGGAUAAACUUUUUGUUUUUCUCUAUUUGUUUGUAGAUUAAUUAAGAGUGGAAAGUGAUUCAAAAUACAUUUUGUGAAUGAAAGGAUGAA